CCUCCAGCAGCCAGUAGCUGCUGCUGCUGAGGGAGGAAUCAGCUUCGCUCAGCUGUCUGUCAGGUUAUUGCUCUCCGCUCCGUUUGAGUCCCGUGUCUCUGCUAAUGUCGCAGCAUCCAGUGAAAGCCAAGCAGAGGCCCUGCUAGCUGGAGCGGCCCGUCUAAAGACUGCAUUUAGACGGAACACCAGCGGAGAAAAGGAGCAAUAUCCCGGUAUGUCGUCCGGGCGCGAGAGCGUCGCCAAAAAGAAGCACGUUCGCUUCGCUAACAUGGAGGAGGAGGAGCAGGAGGAGGACACGCUGUUUGACCAGAGGAAGGAGGCCGGCCGGGGGCUAAAGAGCGCCCUGAAGUUGGCCAAGAGGUCAAUGAAAGCGGGAGGAGAGAGCAGGGUGAGGGUGUCCGCUGGAGGAAGCGGCGCGUGCGGCCGUUGGAUGGUGACGCUCGCGCUGUGUGGAUCCUUCCUGGGUUUGGGGAUGGGGAUCUCCGUCGUCGGCCCCACCUUCCAGGAUCUGGCCGCCAAUGUGCACAAGAACAUUAGCAACAUCUCCUACAUCAUCACCGGCCGCGCCGUCGGCUACAUCGGCGGCUCGCUCAUUGGAGGCAUCCUGUUUGAGUGCAUGAACCCCCAUAUCCUGCUAGGGAUCUCCAUGCUGCUCACGGCGUUGGGGAUGUAUGCCAUCCCCUUCUGCAAGCAGGUGCUGUUCCUCACCGGGAUCAUGUCUGUGGUGGGGAUGGCUAUGGGAGCUUUAGACACAGGUGGGAACGUGCUGAUCCUGAACACGUGGGGGGAGAACUCUGGCCCCCACAUGCAGGCUCUUCACUUCAGCUUCGCAGCGGGAGCCUUCGCCUCCCCCAUCAUAGCCAAGCUGCUGUUUGGCCAUGAUGGAAACGGCAGCUCGCCGCUCACACCCACCAGCCCCCCCGCCGCCAUGAGCCGCAUCACCCUGAAGUCCAUGUGGGCCUACAUUGUGAUCGGCUCCGUCCUCCUCUUCAUCUCCUUCCUCUUCCUCCUCCUCUACGCCUGCGGCAGCAAGUCGAGGGACAAAGCGCAGGCGGCGUCAGAGCGCCCUUGUGUGGCCAAACACCACUCUGUUCUCGUCGCCCUGCUCUUCUUCUUCUUCUUCGCUUACGUUGGCGCCGAGGUGGCGUACGGCACCUUCAUCUUUACCUUCGCCACAGACUACGCCCACAUGCCUGAGGCCCACGCGGCCGGGCUCAACUCUCUGUUCUGGGGCACCUUCGCCGCCACUCGAGGGGCGGCCAUCUUCUUUGCGGCCUGCUUGUACCCCGGCACCAUGAUCCUGCUCUGCCUGCUGGGCUCCGUCCUCUCCUCGCUCCUUCUCUGCCUCUUCACCAACAACCACGCCGUGCUGUGGGUCGGCACCGGGCUCUACGGCGCCUCCAUGGCAACCACCUUCCCCAGCGGGAUCUCCUGGUUGGAGCAGUACACCACAGUGACGGGCAAGACGGCGGCGGCCUUUGUGGUGGGGGCGGCGCUGGGAGAGAUGGUGCUCCCCUCUCUGGUGGGCUUCCUGCUCGGCGUUUUCCCAAAGCAGCCGCUGCUCAUGUACCUGUCCAUCAUCACUGCCACCUUCACCUCCAUCCUCUUCCCCGUCAUGUACAAGGUCGCCUCGGCCCCCGGCGGUCAGAGCAGGAAGCCCGGCAUCAGGGGUCGCUCGGACGCCGACGACAGCGAGUACAGACAGGCCCUGCUGGACUCGGGCGCCGAUGAGGAGGAGGAGCAGCAGAACGAGGCCGAUCAGUGGAACGACGCAGACUUUGAAAUCAUCGAAAUGGACGAUGCGUCGAGUUCUAAUUCCCCCAGUAAGGAGUCGUCUCCUGCUGAUGGCGGCGCCGUGACGGCGACCUCAGAGUCAGACGGCGAUCUGCUGCAGGGAGACUCCCAGACAUAAGCUGCUGCUGUUACUGAACAGACAGAAGAAGGACUGAAACAUGGCGCUCAGCGUUCCGGGAGACGCUGCUUUUCAUUGGUUCCUGUGUUUCUGCGGCGUGGCGAAGCAGGGUCACUGGCUGAUAGAUGGGGCUCUGGCUCCCCCUACAGGCCCAACAGAUCCUGACACUCCAGUGCCUUCCUGAGGACACCCGGCGGUUCACGAAGGACUCUGUUGAAUGAAGAAUCUCUUUGUUUUGAAUCAACGUAUGACAUCACUGUGAAGGUUAAUGAUUGAACAGAAAGGCUGAUGAAUACUGAGUUUGUUUUUAUUAAAUCAUCUCAAACCUCCAACCACGGCCACGUCAAUAAAAACAAUCAAAAACACCUUCCAUAUCUUUUUUUUUUCCCGUUCUUUUUUUACAUUUUUACAAACAGAUCUUCCAUGUUUGAGGAAAGAUGCUGUAGUUUAGAAGCAGGUUUGCACAGGAAACCGGACACGUACAUCAAACCCAUGUUCACAAAGAAAUAGACUCUUCAUGACGUUUUAUCAUACAGUAUUGCAACAGUCCCAGAUUGAAAAGAAACGCAGUUCCAGUUCUCACCCUCUGCUGAAGGAUGCGUCGGAUCGAUGGCGGUUCAAUCGCAGGAAACAUGGCACCUUUUGAAGGUUCAGCUUUCGCGCUAACGCGGACGGACUGAAGGAGGAAACGUGGCCUCCGUCUCUUAGUGGCGUCAAUCAUCAGGGAGCUGAAUCGGCUUCACCCAGCAGCUUAUGGAGGCGGCAGUAAACCAGCGUCUCAUAACUUAGAGUUAAUCACCAGAUCGGAUAUAAAAAAAA